UCACCUACCAUUUCUACAGCGAGAUCAUCGGCAUGGAGGCCUCUAUAAAUAGAGCCAACAUGCAACUUCAUUAAACACAAUAACUCAAAUAUACACACCAGAGGGGGAGAGAGAGUGAGACAGAUAGAGAGAGGGAGAGGAAUGGAGGUUGCUCAAGUGCUUCACAUGAAUGGGGGAAGGGGAGAGACAAGUUAUGCACAGAACUCACUGGUUCAGCGAAAGGUGAUAUCCAUCACAAUGCGAAUCGCAGAAGAAGCCAUAACCAAUAUCUACUGCAACACCUUCCCUACAAGUUUAGCCAUAGCAGACUUGGGAUGUUCAUCAGGACCAAACACUCUAUAUGCAGUUUCUGAACUUGUCAAAGUAGUGGACGAGGUCCGCAGAAAACUAGGCCAUCAAUCACCAGAAUAUCAGGUGCUGUUGAAUGAUCUUCCAGGCAAUGACUUCAAUGCCAUUUUCAAGUCAUUGGCAGGCUUCCAAGAAAAUCUGAAAAAACAAAUGGGAGAUGGGUUUGGGCCAUGUUUUUUUGCCGGAGUCCCUGGUUCUUUCUAUUGCAGGCUUUUCCGUGCCAAGAGCCUGCAUUUUGUCCAUUCUUCCUACAGUCUCAUGUGGCUGUCUCGGGUCCCUGAAGGGCUGGAGGGUAACAAGGGGAACAUUUAUAUGGCCAGCACAAGUCCACCAAGCGUGCUUAAGGCUUAUUACAUGCAGUUCCAAACGGAUUUUACUCUGUUUUUGAAGUGUCGCUCGGAGGAGCUGGUGGCAGGAGGGCGCAUGGUUUUAACAAUUUUGGGUAGAAGAAGCGAAGAUCCUUCCAGCAAAGAGUGUUGCUACAUCUGGGAGCUUUUGGCUGUGGCUCUCAAUGAAAUGGUCUUAGAGGGGAUCAUAGAGGAAGAGAAAUUUGACUCCUUCAACAUUCCUCAAUACACUCCAUCUCCAUUUGAAGUGGAAUCACAAGUUAAAAAGGAAGGGUCCUUUACCAUUGAUCGUUUGGAGGUAUCUCAAGUCAAUUGGAAUGCUUACGAUAAUGAAGUUUACCAGUCUGCAGCUUUUGAAGAUGGUGGAUACAAUGUUGCUAAGUGCAUGAGAGCUGUGGCAGAGCCCUUGCUUGUUAGCCACUUCGGUGAAGCAAUUAUCGAUGAGGUUUUCUCUAGGUAUGGAGAAAUUGUGGCCAGUCGCAUGUCAAAAGAGAAGACUGAAUUUGUCAAUGUGACUGUUUCCGUGACUAGAAAGGGAUGAUCUUGAUGACUUGUUGAUUCGAUCAUGAUCAUGUGGUUGCCAGUAUCAUAGUGAAAUUAAUCUAUGUUUUCCUAGUUUACUUGCUCAUUGAAUGUUGCAGCUCAGCUGUUCUUCAUGUCCUAGUCUUGAAGGAUCUGAUCAGCUAGUUCGAGCCUUUCUUAAUUUUAUUUAUAAAAAAGAAAGUUAAUCCA